AUGGUUAAUAAUAAUCCAUCAAAAGUAAUACUUACAGAUGAAGAUAAAGCAAUUUCUCAAGCUAUACAAAAUGUUUUCGGUCAAAAUAGUAAACAUGUAUUAUACUUUUCAGAUUGUAAAGCACAUUUAGAAAGAAUGGAUAAAGUAAAAGAAAAAUGGGCACCUUGUUUUAAUAGAGAUAUAUUUUUAGCAGAUAUGACAAGUACACAGCGCGGAGAAUCAAUGAAUAGUUUUAUGAAAAAUUAUAUGAAUGCAACCAAUUCACUUUUGGAUUUUUUAAAAGCUUUUGAAUCUGCACUAGAAUAA